AGGAGGGGGAAGAGGCGCUGUCCGGAUCAGCUUCUGCUGCCCAACGCAGGCCCGACCCGUUGUAAAUGUUGCCGUCUUCGCUGGAAGGACAGAGACGGGUUGUCGUGACUCAGAGCGGGGACGUCAUGGAGCAACCAUUCGGGCCCUUUGACUACGACCUGCUGGUGAUUGGAGGCGGUUCUGCAGGUCUGGCUGUGGCAAAGGAGGCAGCAAGGCUUCAGAGAAGGGUGCUGGUCAUCAACCUCGCGACUCCAUCUCCAAAGGCCGCCGAGUGGGACGCCGUCAGGAAGCUGCUACACCAGGCAUCCCUGUUGGGAAAAGCCAUUCAAGAUUCCCGGAAGUACGGCUGGAGGUUCGAGGAGACGGUUUCCCACGACUGGUGCGAGCUGGCGGAGGCGGUCCGGGAUCAGGUUCGGUCUCGUGGUUUGGAGCUGAGGAAAGAGCUGCGGGACUGUGGAGUCAUCUACCUCAGCGCCCGAGGCGAGAUAGUGGCACCUCACACAGUAGAGGCGACAGACGACAACGGGAGGAAGACGCGUCACUCGGCGGAGACGCUGGUCAUUGCGACCGGAGACAGGCCGCGGUACCUGGGAGUAAGCGGAGACAGGGAACGUUGCCUCACCAGCGAUGACCUGUUCUCUCUGCCUCGUUCUCCGGGCCGGACCCUGGUGGUGGGCGGGUCACCAGAAGGGUUGGAGUGCGCCGGCUUCCUGUCCGGCCUAGGGUCAGAGGUCAGCGUCAUGCUUCAGCCGGACCUUCUCGCGGGGUUCGAUCAGAAGAUGGUUCAGAAGAUAAUGAACCACAUGUUUGUCCACGAUGUCAGCUUCGUCCAGCACUACUCACUCGCCAAGGUGGAGCAGAUUGAAGCCUGCAGCAAGGACAUCGUUGUCGGUGUUCCCGAACGCAGCGCGGGGCCAGUGAGCCCCGGCAGGUUGAGAGCGACGAUGGUGUCGGAGGAAGGCCACAGGAAACAGGAAGACUUCGAUACAGUUCUUCUUGCCGUAGGGAGGGAGCCCUGCACCGGUGACAUUGGCCUUGAGAGCGUGGGGCUGAAAUGCAGCCAGGAUUCUGGAGGGAUCCCGGUGAAUGACAGGGAGCAGACCAGUGUCGAUCAUAUCUACGCUGUUGGAUCGGUGCAGCAUGGCCGCCCCUCCACCACGGGCCUCUCUACACAGGCAGGGGCCCUGCUCGCCCGUAGACUGUACGGAGGAGACGUUACCACGUGUGACUACUCCAGUGCCCCCUUCGUUCUGUUCACCCCAGUGGAAUAUGCUGCUUGUGGUCUGUCAGAGGAGAGAGCCAAACUAACAUUUGGGGAGGCCAGUGUGGAGGUGUACCACAGCUACUACUGGCCCCUGGAGUGGACCCUCCCCAGCAGGGGCAAAAACUCCUGCUACGGAAAGGUCAUCUGUCACGUCCCUGAUGGUGAGCGUGUCGUUGGUCUCCACGUGAUGGGCCCCAACGCCGGCGAUAUCGUCCAAGGCUUCGCUGCAGCCAUGAAAUGCGGUCUUAGCAAACGGCAGCUGGACGCCACCGUGGGUAUCAACCCCGUGUCCGCCCAGGUGCUUACCACAUUGACACUAACUCAACGGGUCUCUGAGGCUAUGAUAGUGCGAGGAAAUUGCUGAGGUUAGCCCCCCCCCCUGCUGUCAAUCACUGUCGCCCAUGGCAACAGUAGAGACGGCGGGGAGAGAUGCCUGUGACGACGGCCCAAGGAGUGCCGGGCGGCAGGAUGGCAACCGGCCGUCAAUGACGUCUUCGCCUUCACCCUGACGGACAGGUGGGCGGAGACCGAUGCCCUGCUGCUGUGCGGCCGGCCGGGAUUGUUUCUGUGCGGCCUUUUGAGCUCGUUGGCGGGUUUCUGGACUGUUUGCUAUGGACGUAACUGUAAAACAUACCCACUGAUGCAUUCUUACAGCUUUCAUCUGAAAAAGAUAAGACUUUUAUCCCCCUCGGUGGGGAAUUUGAAUUCCUCUGUUCGCUUUAAUGCCGCCGAGCUCUUCUGAAAGGCUGCUGGAGAGUGAUAAGACUCCGGGAUUGGUGCGUUUUCUCGGAGUAAACAGCUCAGACUUAUUAAGUGUUAUCCCCACUGUAGCAUCGAACCCGGGGGGGGGGGGGUCCCCAGUGCCUUAAUUUCUUGUAACGAACCAGACGGCUAUUAAAGAAUUACCAAUUAAUAGUGUUUAUCAGCGGGCGCUCUCGCUCUAAUCGAUGCGCGCGGGGCCUUUAUCGAGACGCCGGCCUGACUGAAACUACCCGGC